ACUCAGCUCCCUUACACUUUGUUUUUCCCUUUUGGCCCUCUUCCUCUCUCAUUCAAGACCUUUCUUUCUUCAUCAUUCUCCACCUCCGGUAUUCCUUCAAUCCAAAUCUCUUUCACUUUUCAAAUCUUCUUUCAAUUAUCCCUUAUCGCUUCUCUUCUUACACAAAGUGAAAUAGCCGGCUAAGUGAAAGGAGAAAUGGGAUUGACUUUCACCAAGCUCUUCAGUAGGCUUUUUGCCAAGAAGGAGAUGCGAAUUUUGAUGGUUGGUCUUGAUGCUGCUGGAAAGACCACGAUCUUGUACAAGCUCAAGCUCGGAGAAAUUGUCACAACUAUUCCUACAAUUGGAUUUAAUGUGGAGACUGUGGAAUAUAAGAACAUCAGCUUCACUGUAUGGGAUGUUGGUGGUCAGGACAAAAUUCGACCACUGUGGAGGCAUUACUUCCAAAACACACAGGGUCUUAUAUUUGUUGUGGAUAGCAAUGACAGAGAUCGUGUUGUUGAAGCAAGAGAUGAAUUGCACAGAAUGUUGAAUGAGGAUGAACUGAGAGAUGCUGUGUUGCUCGUAUUUGCCAACAAGCAAGACCUUCCAAAUGCGAUGAAUGCUGCUGAAAUAACCGACAAGCUUGGUCUUCAUUCACUCCGUCAACGUCACUGGUACAUUCAGAGCACCUGUGCAACUUCUGGAGAGGGUUUAUAUGAGGGUUUAGACUGGCUUUCCAAUAAUAUUGCUAGCAAGGCAUGAGGCAGUUGAGGUUUUCGGCUGUCAGACUCUGGACCGUGGGUGAAGUUUGGUGAUGAUAGGGGGUAUAGUUUGUUUUUCUAAAGAUGUGUCGUUAGCAGCAGAACAGUUUGCCAGACUUCUAUAUGUACUCUCUGUUUGUAUACUUGCGGCUUGAUCUAAAAUUAUCUAACCUUGUUAUAGUUUCUUUGGAGAAGUUAAUCUUGUCAUAA